AUGGGGCGGCCGGCCGGCAGCCUGGCCCCGCUCCGGCUGCUGCUGCUUCUGGCGCUGGGACACGCCUGGACCUACCGGGAGGAGCCACACGACGGCGACAGGGAGGUUUGCUCCGAGAACAAAAUCGCCACCAGCCGGUACCCCUGUCUGAAAUCCACGGGCGAGCUCACCACCUGCUUCAGGAAAAAGUGCUGUAAGGGUUAUAAGUUUGUUCUUGGACAGUGCAUCCCUGAAGACUAUGAUGUCUGUGCUGAAGCUCCCUGUGAACAGCAGUGCACAGAUAACUUUGGGCGAGUCUUAUGCACUUGCUACCCUGGGUACCGCUAUGAUCGGGAGAGGCACAGGAACAGAGAGAAGCCAUACUGCCUGGAUAUCGAUGAGUGUGCUACGAGCAAUGGGACACUCUGCUCUCAGAUCUGUGUCAACACCAUGGGCAGCUACAGGUGUGAGUGUCAUGAAGGCUAUGUCCGGGAAGAGGACGGCAAGACAUGCACCAAAGGAGAUAAAGCUGGACUUCCCGAGAAAUCUGAAAAUGUGGCAAAACCAGGGACAUGCUGUGCCUCCUGUAAGGAAUUUCAUCAAAUAAAGCAGACAGUUUUACAGCUGAAGCAAAAGGUUGCUUUGCUACCAAAUAAUGCUGCUGAUCUUAGCAAGCAAAUCACUGGUGAAAAAGUGCUUGCAUCUAAUGCAUAUAUCCCUGGUCCCCCAGGCCAGCCUGGCCAACAAGGCCCUCCAGGGGCUCCAGGACCAAAAGGAAGUCAAGGAGUUCCUGGGUCACCUGGACCUCCUGGACAGCCAGGCCCUCGUGGAUCAAUGGGACCUAUGGGCCCAUCUCCAGAUAUAUCACAUAUUAAGCAGGGCAGACGGGGCCCUGUGGGCCCACCAGGAGCCCCAGGGAGAGAUGGUAGCAAGGGGGAGCGAGGUGCACCAGGACCAAAGGGGAUACCUGGCCCACCAGGUUCAUUUGAUUUCCUGUUGCUGAUGAUGGCAGACAUUAGAAACGACAUCGCUGAGCUGCAAGAGAGAGUGUUUGGACACAGGACUCAUUCAUCAACAGAGGAGUUUCCAUUACCUCAGGAAUUUACAAACUAUCAUGACACAGUAGAUUUUGGAUCUGGAGAAGACUAUAAACCACAGACAACACCCAGAGGCUCCAGGAUACAGAAGGCAGCUCAUCCUUAG